GGGCGAUCAAAAACCGAUCAUAACAACUCACACUAUGUCUUAUGAAAAAGGAGUACAUCCGAGACAGUUAUUUCAUCAGUACUUUGUCGCCGCAUGCUCCGAUCAUUGUUCAGAGGCUCCCGCAAAACUGCCGCACACCGAAUUAUACCCGUAGCACCAUUUACUAGCUACAACCUCCUGCUGUUGAACAAUCCACAAGAGCAACCAGCUGCAGAAACCACCACAGCAAUUGCAACAAGCAUAGCUUAGUUGCCACAGUUGUGUCCAGUUCGUUCCAGCAGAGCCGCAGUAGAUUUCAAGUCAUCCGACGUCAUUUAUUGGACAUAUCGAUCCCGAUUAGAAUUGUUUCGUUACCGAUUCCAGAGAAACGGAAAAGACCUGUUAAGUUUCUUUCCUUCUCGCCAUCGCUAAAACCCCCGACAAACACAAGAAACAGACGCAUAUCACGGCUGUUUGCGCAACAGAAAAACUUCGGUUUCUCGAAACUCCAAGUUCGCCAACCACGCACUGACAGUAGCUGACAAAAGCACGCGAAGACUUCCAAAGCCACGCCCUUUUCAUUCCUAGCUUCUGCAUCUUUUCUCAUAAACUUCGUUUCAUGCGAGAGAAAAAAAGAAAGCAGAAAAAUACAGCGAUCCAUUGACUCUUGCAAUACCUAUUUCAUUUUGUUAACGAUACGAAGACAGCAAGGCUAAGCAUAUGGUAGGAUACCGAAAUAAGACAGCAAAAUCCAGCAUCGCAAUGGAUAUUGACAAUCAGAAUCAGCGAUCCAAAUACGGAAGUGCCUCUCACCAGCAGCACUAUCAGCACUCCGCACCAGGAUCCUCCUCUUCCUCGAAACCGGCUUAUGACAGCAGAGGAAGUCGAUCAAACCGGGGAACACGAGAUGACAUGGUUGAAAACGAAGGACCUCGCGGCGGCCGCUCGUCACAGGGUUAUUCACGGUCUUCCCGACAGGGAGGUAGCAGCAGAUCCUCGCGAUACAAUGUUCAACAGCACCAAGAACAAUCAUCGGGUGGAGGAUCGAGUUAUCCGCAUUCCUCUUCCUCUCAAUACAACCAUCACCAAUCUUCUAGGCAAGGACCAACGAAUGCUCCUCCGUCUUCAAUGAUCACCCCGUCAGCGAACCAGCACUUCACGCCUCCAGGAAACAAUCCCUACGGAGGACAGCAGCACCGCAACAGCCAUCACCAUGUGGCUCCGCACACGCCCGAUCAGUCCGUCCAACCGACAUUUCCGCCGCCGGCGGUCACCUCGGAGUCACCGCCCCCGGCGGAACAGACCCAGCGCCGUCCCGCGUACCUUCUUCAUCGCGACCUGGUGAUUGGAAAAGGAUCCUACGGCCAGGUUUGCAUCGCUUCACGCGGAGAAGCCGAGGGCCACAUGUCGGGAAGCGGACGGUCUGGAAAACGAAAAAAGUUUGCCUGCAAGUGUGUCAUGCUGCGGAACGAUCCGAAGUACAUUUCCAAGUUACAAGAGGAAGUCAAUGUUCUUCGCGAACUUCGUGGCCACGACAACGUGAUUCGAUUGUACGAUGUCUUUUGUGUCGACAAUGAGCUCUUCAUAAUAACGGAGCUCGGAAGAGGAGGUGACUUGUUCCAUUUGUUAACAACCCAUCCCAAGCACGGAGUCACUGAAGCCUAUGCCGGUAAGUCCGUUGUUUGCCAGUCGCUAACUUUGUGAUUAUUCUUAUAAUUAUCAUCCGGGAAGUUCCAUGUUCUCACACAUUGUGAUUCGUUUGUCGGUUUUGUUUUCUUUUGAUCCGGUUACAGCCAAGACUGUAUCGGAAAUGCUUUCGGCGGUAGCUUUCUUGCAUUCGAGAAGCAUAUGCCAUCGAGAUCUCAAGCUUGAAAACUGGGUUUUGGAAUCCGGAAAAGACGUCUGGAGCCCGUUGAAACUCAUCGAUUUUGGUCUGUCAACACACUACAGACAGGGCGAACGACUCACGCGAGUGGUUGGUUCAUCGUACUAUGUUGCUCCAGAAGUAUUGAAGAAGUCUUACACGGAAGCCUGCGAUUUGUGGAGUUUGGGAGUCAUUGUUUAUAUGCUUCUCAGUGGAGCUCCUCCAUUUUAUGGCAAGAACGACGAAGCGAUCAAGGCAUCGAUUGUCCAAGGGGAAUACACCUUCCCGCAUGAGCUCUUCCGGGACGUUUCGGACGAGGCCAUGGCAUUUGUGUCGACUUUGCUUUCGUACAAUAUCGAGUACAGAUAUACAGCUGCCCAAGCUUUGACUCACCCUUGGUUGUCCGCCAAUUGCGACUCAGAGGCAUUGUCAAGGGCAAAGGACGGCGCAAGAGGGGUGGGUAUUAUUAUUGAUGGUUCCAAACCAGAACCUAUGCAACUGUAGGGUAGUACGGUAUUAUUAGUAAGUUGCAUGUAUCGUGCAACAUAUGAUGACAGUGUUUAUAUAAAAACAAUGCAACACAGCAAUGCAUCGCGACGAUAACAGCUAUUAUACUAUACUAGAAUAUAACAACUGCAAUUUCAACAUAAGAGUAGUUUCAAACCAAACCUCAAUUCUUUUGUAUCAUGUACGUCUAACACUGUCGUAAAACAACUAAUAUAGUACGAAACCUUCGCAAUGCUAUUCUGAGUCUUAGUGAGGAGAGGAAUUGUUGGCGUCCUCCGUCGCGCUCUGAUCAACAGUUUGCAGUGUUCAGAGACGCGCUCCCCAAGAAACCUUGCAACCCCGCCUUCGUCCUGCACAAACAAAACUAGCAUUAUCCCCCAGCCUGCGUCCACCGUUCAGGGGCGAGCCACAGGAUGUGAUGGUGACCCGGACAUGCAUCAAACGCAAUGAUUACACUAGGGGGAAGGGUGACGAAGUCGCUUCUGUCACUUGUUGCAAUACCGCCUUCAGCCGCGCUCGUUCCACAGCAGAGUAUUGAUGGUUGUGGCCGCAGUGAAGAUUCAUAAAACAUCCCUCCGCCA